GCUUCAAGACCUGCGGGAUCAGGGAUGUUCCUCAGCUCAUAUAUGCUCCGAUGCGACCGUCACUAUCCGGGCACUCCAUGAAGACGCUACACAGACCGCUGCAGGAAUGCACCCGGGCCCCGUGCGGCUGUGCUGCACAUUGUAGACACUAGCUUCGUACUCAAUUUGGCCGUCUAUUAUAAGAUGGUCAGCUUACCAGCUGGCAUGACUUUGGUCGGAGUCAGUUUCAUCCUGCAUGAAAAUUACAAUAAUGGCAGAUUUAUCACUUUGUCCAUCCAACGCCAGACCAAGGCUUCUCAUGCUCAAUAUUGUCUUCAUCGUGCUCACGACAUUGUCUACUAUCGUUCGAAUAGCGAGCAAAUCCAUCGCCGAACACCCACAGUGGUGGUGGGAUGAUCAUUUCGCCAUCCUCUCUCUGCUGUCCGAAGUGCCUUACCUAUCCCUCAUAAUCCUAUGGCUCAGAAUCGGCCUCCGUUACUACCCCAGCGUCAGGUUUCCGUACCUCUUCACGUCUUUGUUCUUCUUCAACGGGGCUAUCUGUUUCACCAAACUGUCCGCCAUUUUCUUCUACGCCCGCGUUUUCGGCCUGAAUAAUCGCGUCUUUCGGAUUCUCCUGUGGGUCGCGGGCUCUCUCGUCGCGGGCUGGCUUGUAUCCGUCUGGAUAAGUACAGUGUUCCAGUGUCGACCGAUUGCAAAAGCAUGGGAUCCCACGCUGCCGGGCACCUGUUUUCAGCUCUACCCCUGGUACGUAUCGACAGCGAGCCUCUCUUGCCUGAUAGACCUCUAUGUUCUCCUCCUUCCAGUCCCGCUUAUCAUCCGCCUCAAAAGAAGUUUCCGUCGCCGCCUUCUCGUCCUCAUUACCUUCUUCAUGGCCUACUCGGUUGUCGUGAUGUCUAUCAUACGUCUCGUCGUGAUAGCCCAAGGCGAUCCGUGUGGAUCCGCCAAGUUGAUCUGUGCAACGAUGGAGUACGCUCACUGGGCUGUCCUCGAAAGUGCUAUCUCCGUUAUCUCGAUCAAUGUACCGAGCGGCAUUGCACUUGAUCCCCAGCGACUCACCCCGACCAAUCCAUAGAAGGGUCUACAACGAAAAGUCGUGUGUCGACCUUGAUCAUGAGGAAGACCUAAGCGAGGCAGUUACAGAGGUAGAAGACCUCCAUGAUGUGGACAUCAACACAGCCAUCUGCCUCAGGGAGACCAGGCUGC